UUGAAUUUCACACAUUGCUUCUCUAGGUGUUCAAUAAAACUCAGUUGUCUCUACCCACCAACAACAUCGCACCUUCCACCGGAAAUCGUUUGCUCCACAGAGCGAAAUCCGAAACGUAGACAGGAAAGCGACAUAUGGAUGUUUGGCGUUCUUUGCUGGGAAAGUGUGACGUUAGGAGCGGAACCACAUUAUCAAAAGACUCCUGAAGAAAUCCAGAGAUGUUUCCGGCUGCCUGACCGUGGACUCACCUGUCCACAAGGUUGCCCGUUGGACGUUUGGUCGCUAGCGAUGGAAUGCCUUUCGGAAGCACAUCGCCGGCCACGUUUUACUGGCGCCUCGCCCACAUUGGUCGAUCGUGUCCAACAACUACGAAACUAUUACCUUCAAUCCAUGGACUGUCUCUAUCCAGUGCCAAAUAUAGGCAAUUGUACGUGUGCUGAACACAAAUGUAAGAAAGUGGAGAGUUUUGACAGAGAAUGA